GGCUGGCGCCGGGAGACUACUAGGCGCUCGGUCCGCUUGUCCGCGGCCUGGCCUGCGGAGAACAUGGCGCUGCCCCCGGCUGCCGCGCCCCCCGGGGCUAGCGAGCCUCUCGGCAAGGCUCUGUCGGCGUUGCAGCCGGAACCCGGCGGUGUCCCGCUGCACUCGCCCUGGACCUUCUGGCUGGACAGAUCACUCCCUGGCGCCACAGCAGCCGAGUGUGCCUCGAAUCUGAAGAAAAUCUACACGGUACAAACAGUGCAGAUAUUCUGGAGCGUAUACAAUAACAUCCCUCCUGUGACCAGCCUGCCUCUGAGAUGUAGUUAUCACUUAAUGAGAGGAGAGAGGCGACCACUUUGGGAGGAGGAGAGUAAUGCAAAGGGUGGCGUGUGGAAGAUGAAAGUUCCCAAGGACAGCACGUCCACAGUUUGGAAAGAAUUGUUGUUAGCGACCAUUGGGGAGCAAUUCACAGACUGUGCUGCAGCAGAUGACGAGAUUAUAGGAGUCAGCGUGAGCGUUCGCGACCGAGAGGAUGUCGUCCAGGUCUGGAAUGUCAACGCCUCACUAGUGGGUGAAGCUACUGUGCUAGAGAAGAUCCAGCAGCUCCUGCCCCACAUAUCUUUUAAAGCAGUGUUUUAUAAACACCCCGAAACUUUGCCCCAGGAGGACGGCGCGCGGCGGGCGAGCGGGCGAGGGGCAGCGGCAGCGGCGGCGGUGGCGGCGCGGAGAAGCGUGGAGCUGCCGGCGCCUCCUCCCCGGACUCGGUGGGAGUGCGACAGAGAAUGCACGUGGAGUGGGCUCUACAGGCUCCACAGCUCCCUGGUUUCAGGGUCCCGGGGUCUCUGAGAAGGUAGAUUUGAGUACUGUCAGUGUGCCUUAACACACCCUGGCAUCUCUGCAGCCACAGGUGGGGGCAAGAUGCGUGCACCCAGGCUACAAGUGCUGCUGUGUUUACUCUGCGUCAUAGAACCGAGGAGUGUGCACCGCAGAUAUGGCCACGGCCCAGCUAUCCAUCAUCACAGCUUUUCAAAGGGACCUUAGGAGGAGCCACGUGGAACUGUAACCUGAUCAACCUGAUCGCAAGACUUGGGUCAUUAAAACAUCCCAGAAACAGCCCUUUAGGUUUGUUGGUUACACUUUCCAGACUCAGUGAGUAGUUCUUCCUUCUUUACAAGAUCAGCCAGGUGGAUUUGGCCAACAGUGACUCCAUCUUGGCCGAUAAGUUCCUUUGUUAAUGAGGCCAAGAUGGGGAACUCCUGCUUCUUGUGGGCCAGUUGCCCUUACUUUCUUUCCCAGGCACUGACCACUAGUUCUGCCCAGUUAGCUUGUGAAUGUGAGGCGUCAGAAGUUGGGUGCUGUGACCAGUAGCUCACACCCUGACCUCUCCUGGGGACAACUGUCACAACCACCCCACUGCCCAGGAGUCCCAUGCUUACAUUGUUUCCUCCCCUGAAAGACACUAGGCUGGUGAGAGUUAAUGAGAAACUGGCAUGGCUUUGGGACAGUUUCCAGGAGAUACAGGCAUCAUUUAAAAAGUGAUUUAGGAAAACAAAACAUGAUAUGUUUUCUGGAAGAAAGCGUGAGGGUGAAUGGAGCAGAGGAAAGGGAGAUGGGACCCUGGCUCCUUUAAACAUGGAAUGGAAAAACAGCUGCCGCAGCUUUUCUAGGAAAGCUGUAUUUUCCAAAUUCUUAGACAUACCACACCUAAGCUUGUAAAUUCUUCAGACUUGUCAACUCUUGGUUUCUGCAUGUUACCAGAAUGGCCUCUGUAUUAGGUGAUUUUUGUGUAUUGUCAUUUACUGAGGAAUUGAUGUGGAAAAAGUAACCUUGAGUCACUGGAUACUUUUUGGAUUUUAAAUAAGUCUUGAAGAAUAUAUAAUGUUCUGAAGAUAA